AUGGCCGACGUCCUCACCUCGCCGGUCGAUGGACAUGACCGAGAUGGGCUCCAUCAGAACAGUUUCCCUCUUGACCGGGCAGCGACCAACAGCCCAGCCAUUGCGCCCGAGGUCGCGACAAAUCCCUCCCAAGGCCCCAGCCCAGAGGUCCUGAAGCAAGUCAACGACGUUCUCUCCUCCGAGGAAUUCGCUUCCUUCCUCAAGAAGCGAGCAUCUCUCGAGGAGAGCAAUGCGCAGGGCCUGAAGAAAGUGAGCCGGGCCACUCAACAUAGCCUCCGCCAGCCAGAUCAUCGCCAAGGCAGCUUCUCUUCCGCAUACGACGACAUAGUCCAAAUCCACGAGCGCAUGUCCGAGAAUGGUUCCCAAUUCGCUUCGUCCUUGCUGAAGAUGCACGAUGAGCUCGUCGAGCUCGUCACCAGCUCCGAACAGAGUCGCAAGACAUGGAAGACGACUGGGCUCAGUGCGGAGCACAAGGUUGCUGAGCUUGAGCAGACCAUGCGCAAGAGCAAGGCCAAGUACGACUCUCUCUCGGAUGAAUACGACAAGAUCAAGACGGGAGAGAAGCAAACCGGCAAGGUCUUCAACGCCUUCAAGAACAAGUCUGCCGCUCAGCAGGAGGAAGAUCUUUUGAAGAAGGUCCAGAAUGCCGAUCAGACUUACAAGAGUCAUGUGCAGACGUUGCAGACAGAGAAACAUCACCUCGAAACUUCUACUCGCCCCGAAGCUGUCAGGGCCCUUCAGGAUCUCAUCAAAGACAUUGACGCUGGCUUGUCGUUGCAGCUUCAGCAAUACGCUCUCCUCAGUGAAAAGCUACUUUUGAGUAAUGGUUUGACCGUGAGCCCAAUCCCAGCACCUGGAGCCGAUCUCAGUUCUGUUCGCAGUCUUCGAAACGCUGUGCUAUCGAUCGACAAUGAAAGGGAUCUCAAUGACUACAUCUCUGCCCAAUCGAGCAAGGUUCCUUACGUCCCUGGCGAUGUGAAAUACGAGCGAAAUCCCGUCCUUGGCCCAGGGCCUUCGCAUGCUAGAGAACCGUCUAACCAGGGUUCAAUCAAUAAAGCGCCGCUCCAAUCCCAUCCUCCCCAAUCCUCUGCUGGUCCACCAUCGGGGCCUCCUUCAAAAACCAACACUGGCUUGAACCCAAUCAACCCCCCAAUGGGUCACCCAGCUUCGCUGGGUAAGAACCCGACAAGUUUCACACCAACAGGACCUCCGAACCCGCCCUCUUUCCCUCCUUCUCACAACCGGACUUUCAGUCAAACCGACUAUGGCAGCAACAGCGGCGUUCAGACCUCAAGCGGUCAUCCCCCUCCAGCAUAUACGCCUGGUAGUCCCGUCGGGCCACCCCAGUUAGGUGCUCUUCCUUUCCAGUCCAGUCAGGCCGCUACCGCACAACACGAGAGGCAGGGCAGCCACACAUCAGCGGGUUUGAAGUCGGCGUCUCCAGGCCCUAUCCAAACCACAUCUGCACCCCCGAAGCCAGUCUUUGGUGUGCAUCUCAGCCGUUUAUAUGAGCGUGACGGCUUGGCCGUGCCUUUGGUUGUUCACCAAUGCAUCCAGGCUGCUGACUUGUACGGACUCGGGGUUGAAGGCAUUUACAGGCAGUCUGGCUCCCUGGUUCACGUUCAAAAGCUGAAGCACAUGUUUGAUACAGACUCUCAAAACCCGGCUCUUGAUUUCAGAAAUCCCGAAAACUUCUAUCAUGACGUCAACAGUGUCACUGGACUGUUGAAGAUGUUCCUGCGUGACCUUCCCGAUCCUCUUUUGACCUCGGAACAUCACGAUAGCUUCGUUGCAGCUGCUAAACAUGAUGACGAUGUUGCUCGCCGCGACUCUAUGCACGCCAUUAUCAAUAGCCUCCCCGACCCCAACUACGCCACACUGCGCGCUCUCUCCCUGCACCUGUACCGCGUCAUGGACAAUGCGCACGUCAACCGGAUGAACUCACACAACCUCGCCGUCAUCUUCGGUCCCACCAUAAUGGGUACUGACCCCAGCAAUGCCAUCGCCGACGCCGGCUGGCAGAUCAAGGUCGUCGACACCAUCCUCCAGAACACAUAUGACAUCUUUGAUGAAGAUUAA